AUGAAUCAAAUUUUUAUCAACGGAAAAUCUUAUUUUAUUAAGGAAGAGCUUGGUUAAGGAAGCUUUGGUAAAGUUUAUAAGGCUCAAGAUCCAUCAAAUAACCAUGCAGUGGCUAUUAAAGUAUAACAAUAGAUAUCAUAACAUGAAUUGGAUUUGCUUCAUAAAUUUAAAGAAUUGAAAUUCAAAAAUCUUGUAAAUAUUUUAGAUUUCUAAAUUUGCCCAAAUUAAAUAUUUAUUGUUAUGGAAUUAGGUCUUAUAUCUCUAUAGGAUAAAAUUUAAAAAUCUAAGAUUCCUUUUCAAGAAGCAAGAUAUGUGAUGUAGCAAAUUUGCAAUGGAUUAUAAGAAUUACAUUCUCUAGGUCUUGCUCAUAGAGAUUUGAAACCAGAAAAUAUUCUUAUUUUCACAUUACAGGAUUAAGCCCAAACCUAAGAAAUUUACAAAAUUUGUGAUUUUGGAACUACAAAAGAUUUUUAGAACAUGAAAACACCAUAUAUUGGAACACCUUAUUAUUUAGCUCCAGAAUAAUUGGUUUCUAAUCCCUUUAAUCAAAAAGUCAAUUAUAAUUAAAGUGUUGAUAUUUGGGCAUUUGGAGCUGUGGUGUAUGAAUUAUUUACAAACAUUCCUCUCUUUAAUGGUAUAAUUUAGAAAAAUCAUAUUAGGUAAAACCGUUCAAGAAAUAUAUUUAAAAAUAAUGGAACUACCAAUAGAAGAAGAGAUUAAAAAACUUCAGCAUUUGGAAACUAAGUAUUAAAAUUUGUUAAUCAAUAUGUUAUAAAGAAAUCCAUAAAAAAGAAUAACAAUUCAGGAUAUAAAAAAAGAAUUAUCAUAAAUUUAAAACCAGAAUCUAGUAACCAAAUAGGGUUAAUAAGCAACAAUUUAAAAGGUUUGCUAACCUGGAAAUAUAUAAAUGUAAUAGACAUUUUAAAGAGGAAGAUAGAUGAAUGCUGAAGAUUUAAGAAAUCCAUAAUAAAAUAAUAUUAAUCCUACAAUUAAAUAAUAGCUUUUAAUUGCAGGUAAAAAUUAAAAUGAAGUAUCAAUUCCAUUUAUAAAAAGUUUUAAAGAGUUGCUUAACCAGCGUUUUAACCAGCAAAUUAAUAAAAACCAAUUUUUUAACCAACAACCUUAUAGAAACCAAUUUUUUAACCAAUAAACUUAUAGAAACCAAAUUUUUAACCAGCAACCUUAUAGAAACCAAUGUUUUAGCCAAAAAACUAGAUACCAAUAUAUUAACAUGCCCCCCAAAUGUAAAAUGAAUUUUUACAAGAUAAUAAUUAAUAACGAGGAAGAAGUUAACAUAAAACUCAUUAAUAAAAACCAAGACCAAUGUUUUUAUCACCAUAAUGA